AUGAGCGGGAUUUGGCCCUUUUUCAACUCCUCGUUCUCCAAUGCCACUAUAAACAAGAUCCUGGCCGAGAUAGAUCUGGAUCAGCAGCAGCUCAGUUCCAAACCGCUGGAUGCUCAGCCUGUGGACCAGCCAGCUUCUCCUCCAUCCAACCUGACUGCAUCGCGGUUACUACAGACCAUCCAGGAAAAUGAUCAUCUCCAGCAGUCCAUGCUUGAGUCCAGCAGCCAGCCAACUGAACGCCCGCACUUUAAUGUGUCUCUAUUCAACAAACUCAUAGAUCAGCCAAAUCUCCUAGACGAAAUCAACCUUGCCAAAAACCAGAAACUGAUCAGCUACAUGACGCAGCCGGAAGUGCUGGAGACGCUAAUCGAGUACAUUAUCGUGUCGAUUAGCCUUUCGCGGGACCGAUCGGCGUGCGAUCCUGGCCACAGCAUAUUCGAAGGCGAGAACAACGUCGAGGUCGAGAGCGACGAGCAACCCAAGGAACUGGACAAGUACGAGCGGGCUUUGCAGCGUUCUGUGACCGCCAGCGAGGUCACGUUGCUACUAAGUAGCAACGUAUCGCCCAUCCUGUUUGGCGACUCGAGUUCGUUAGAAAAGCUGUGGUCCGGGUUUUUCGACCGCGACGUGGAGGAGUUUUUCCACCCCUGCAAAGCAGUCCACAGCGACGACGAGAGCGAGACGGAGCAGGAACCGAGCGGCGAGGGCACCAGCCUGGAUGACCAGCCAUUUAAACAGACCCACAACGUGAUGCUCUUCAACAAUUUCCUCAAGCUCAUAGACAGUCUUGCCACAGCCAACAUGAACGAAUUGAUGAAUUUUAUUCGGUUCCAGCAAAAAUCCGCCCUGAUCACAGACCAGUUUUUGAAGUUCGUGCCGCACUCGCCGACGAUCUGUGACCUUCUGGUGAGACUGAUUUCCACAGACAAACCGUACAAUCCCAACGGGCUGGUUGACAUACUGAUGGACCAGAACCUAAUUCUCAAUUUGCUGAAACUGGUGAAAAUAUACUAUUUAGAGCACCACGUCCAGGAUAAUCUCUGCAAUCUUCUCAACGGAAUAGUUGGGAUCAGCUCAAACGUGGGGUUCUGGGAGGACUCCACGCAACAGCAGCUGAACGAGUUUGGCGAGCCUCUGGACGCAGAACAAGCGUCUGCUGCGCGAGCCAACAAUCCGAAUAUUGGCCCAAACGACCUCACGAGGCAACUCGUUUCGCGCAAAUGCGUGCUGGAAAUGCUCGAUGUUCUCAUCAACUACGGGCAUUAUGGACUGGUGACGGUUGUUUCCGUGGUGAUUGAGGUGAUCCGCAAGAACAACUCUGAUUACGACGAGUUCGACUGGAUGCAGUCUGUGGAGGCUGUUGUUUUUGACGAGGAAGAGGAGGACGAGGGCGCAGAGAGAAUGACCAGGAACCUGCCAAACUCGAGAGACCCGAUUUAUUUGGGAGUGAUGCUGAAGCUGUUUUCGAUCCAUUUGGACGAGAUCAAGGACAACUAUCUCACCGAAAAGUACUACAGACUGAACAAAGUGCACGAGUUGGAGAGCUCUUUGGGCGACAAAAUAGAGCCUCUCGGAUAUGAGCGAUUUAAAGUCAUGGAGCUCGUGGCCGAGCUCUUGCACUGCUCGAACAUGAUCCUUAUGAACAAGUCUUCCAAACUGGAUUACUUGAUGUAUAAGCGUGAUUUAUGGAGAGACGUGAAGAAGACCGAGUCAUUGGUGAUGGAUGCGCUGAACGACGCGAUCAACCACGACAUCACCAAGCCGAUGGAAAAAAUAACGAUCGAAGAUUCCUCGGCGACGGUAUCGAGCCCGUCGGGCGAAGAGUUUGUCAAGCUACCGGUGGAGAUGUCGAUUGGCAACUUCUUCAAGCUACGGCUUCUGCAAACGAGCUGUAUUCCGCUGAUAAUUCUCAAGCUCCAUAAAUUCCCGUGGAACAAUUUCAUGCACAACGUGGUGUUCGAUCUGGUGCAGCAGAUUUUCAACGGACGACUCGCCAACUGGGACGAGGACCGGGCAUCCAACCAAGAGGAAACCCGGUACGACGACAACUUGAGUUUGAACAAAGUGCUGAUCUGGUCGCUUUUUGGCGACUACGAGGCCUUCGACAACGAAUACGAGUGCGACGAGGACUACCCCGGCUUCUUCAACCUUCCCAACUAUAUUCUUUACUGCUUCAAAUACUCUGAGGAGUACGAGAGCCAGCACAACUUCAAGCUUGGCUACAUGGGCCAUCUGACUCUAAUAGCCGAGGAAAUACACAAGUUCCAGAACUAUGUCGAGAACUUUGGCAUGACCAGAGAAGACCAGACGUUCGACGUGCUCAAGGAUGACAACGACGUCACCAACCCGUACUAUCUGAAGUCGUCCUUCUAUAUUUUCAACUCGCUGUUUGACAAGCUCUUCGAGAGCACACAGUUCAGCGGCUGGAUCGAGUUCAUCAAUACGCGGCUUAAGGAGAUCAACGCAAUGUACAACAAAGUACUGGGAAAUCCCGCCGAGCUCAGCGAUAGUGUCACGGGCGAAGACGACGAGGAUGUGUCGUCCACGCCGAUGAUGAGCGACCGGAACGUGAUUUUGCUUGACAACGGCGACAGCGACGACUUCCGCAACGAACUUGAGGUCAUUGAGGGCGAGGAGCAGGACGUCGACGGCGGUGACUUACGGCCAAUGAGAGAGGAGGAAGGUGACAGGGGCAGAAGAAAAUAA